CCUAAACAUACAACAGUACCUUGCAGAAACACCCAUUUUGUUUGUACCUUCCAGUGUAAAACUGCUGAUGAGAACCACCCUCCCAAAGCCAGGCAUAACAAGAAUGCUAACCACAGGCAGAACCAUCCAGACCUUGGUGUUUUGAUCUGUCCUGCAUUGUUUUACUGUAUUUAUCAUGAAAGUAACAACAAACAGUGGCGUUUAUGGUCCUGUCCCUCCAGUGUCAUGUUCAGUAAUGACACUUGUGCUGCAGUACAAAAAUUCAGUCUCUCUUCUUUACUCGUCUGAUCAAGUUCUUGGCAAUGAUUAUAGACAGUUUGCUUAUGCUGCUGUUAGUGCUUUCUUUAGCACAAGCAUCUUCACUCCAGAAUGCACAUCAUCCCAAAUUCCUGAACAUCGAUUGGCCAACAAACUGUGGUGUUCCAUAUUUUCAACCAAACACAGUGGAGAGGAUUAUAUCGGGCAACGAAGUAAGGCCACAUUCGUGGCCUUGGCAAGUCUCAUUACAGAGGAACCAAUAGGGAGAUGCAAAGAGGAGGGAGAUAUGAUGAGAACAACAAACAAGGUUUGGACUAGAACAAAUAGCAAAUUUAUUCAUGUUUGUGGAGGGACUCUCAUUCACAAAAGCUGGGUUCUCACUGCUGCCCACUGCUUCCAGAAAGGAAAGGUAGAAGAUGCAGCAAAUUGGCGAAUUCUCCUGGGCAAGCAUAACCUUAAUCGUACCGAAUCCACAGAGCGCGUCUACAGGGUGAAGCGAAUUUAUCGGCAUGAGCGUUUCCGCUACCCUCAUCUAAACGAGCUGGAUUAUGACAUUGCCUUGGUCAAGCCUGUAGAAGACAUUAUAACAAACCAUUUUAUUCGCUAUGCCUGCCUGCCCAAGAGAGACAGCACUCUACGUCCAGGACAAUUCUGUUGGGUGACGGGAUGGGGGGACACAAGAGGUGGGAAAGAAAACCUGGCUUUGUCUGAGGUUUUGAACCAGGCCAAGUUACCAGUCAUAGAUUACAGUACAUGUCGCCUAAAGAAGUUCUGGGGAGACAGAGUUCGGCAGUCAAUGCUCUGUGCUGGAUUCAGGGACACUGGGGAGCCUCCUGCUGCUUGUCAGGGGGACUCAGGUGGACCACUGGUUUGCCAUAUUAGAAGAGAAAAGUGGGAAGUCCAUGGUGUAGUUAGCUUUGGGCCUAUUGGAUGCAAAGUGGAGAACAAACCCAGUGUCUUCACGCGGACUUCUGCUUAUAUUUCCUGGAUUGAAGCAACCAGAAUCCGGGACUUCUUUUUGUAAAGACAUGAAGUACAACUUA